AUGGAUCAGCCUCUUGACAGAAUGGAGUCGUCGCGGGGCUGCUGCUCCUUCAGCACCCUGCAGGCCUGGCUGCCCAUCCUCUCCUGGUUGCCUAAAUACAAGCUGAAGUACCUGAAGAUGGACCUCCUGGCAGGCCUCACUGUGGGGCUGACCACUGUCCCACAGGCGCUGGCUUAUGCUGAAGUAGCAGGCCUUCCUGUGCAGUUCGGCCUCUAUUCUGCCUUUAUGGGGGGGUUCAUUUACACCUUCCUGGGUACAUCUAAGGAUGUGACCCUGGGUCCAACGGCCAUCAUGUCCCUCUUGUGUUUCUCUGUGGUGGGGGGGCAGCCCCACCGAGCCGUCCUGCUCAGCCUCCUCUGUGGACUCAUCCAGGCUGUGAUGGCGUUACUCAGAUUAGGAUUCCUGCUGGACUUCAUCUCUUACCCUGUAAUAAAAGGUUUCACUUGUGCUGCUGCAGUAACCAUUGGCUUUGGCCAGGUCAAAAAUAUUCUGGGGAUCCGUGGUGUUCCUCAGCAGUUCUUCCUGGAGGUUUAUUACACUUUCUACAAGAUCCCUGAAGCCAGAGUGGGCGAUGUGGUCCUGGGUCUGCUUUGUCUCGCCCUGUUGAUCAUGUUGAUGCUUAUGAAGUCCCACCUGGCCUCUGCCGAUGCCUCCACCUGCUCAGGCUUUGCCACGAAACUAGUGUGGGCCGUUGCGACCAUGCGUAAUGCUUUGGUGGUCAUCGCUGCGUCGCUUGUUGCGUAUUCCUGGGAUGCUUACGGUUAUCAUGUGUUCACAAUCACCGGGCACACUUCCCAGGGACUCCCACCGUUCAGCCCCCCGCCCACCUCAGACACAACAUCUAAUGGAACCGUCAUCUCCUUUGGCGAGAUUGUAAAGGGCUUUGGAGGAGGACUGGCUGUGAUUCCUCUCAUGGGUCUGCUGGAGAGCAUCGCUAUUGCCAAAGCUUUUGCCAGUCAGAACAACUAUAGGAUUGACGCUAACCAGGAGCUGCUGGCCAUCGGCGUGACGAACAUCAUGGGCUCCUUUGUGUCGGCGUACCCCGUCACCGGUAGUUUUGGAAGGACAGCUGUGAACUCUCAGACAGGGGUUUGCACUCCGGCUGGUGGAAUUGUCACCAGUGUGAUUGUGUUGCUGUCCUUAGCAUUCCUCAUGCCAGCGUUUUACUACAUCCCCAAGGCUUCCCUCGCAGCCGUCAUCGUCUGUGCCGUAGCUCCAAUGGUGGAUUACCGAGUCGUGGCAAAGAUCUGGAGGAUACAUAAGCUGGACCUUCUGCCUUUCGGUGUGACGUUCCUGCUGAGUUUCUGGGAGGUGCAGUACGGCAUCAUGGCAGGUGUGGCCAUUUCUGGAGUCUUGCUGCUGUACAGCAUGGCCAGACCCAAAAUAAAGGUGACUGAUCAUGGUGUGGUGGUGAUGGAGCUGAGCAGUGGCCUCAGUUUUCCUGCAGUGGAGUAUCUCAGUCACAUCGUUCACACUCAGGCCCUGCAGGUGUUUCCUCCACGGUCAGUGGUACUCGACUGCCAUCAUAUGAGCAUCAUAGAUUACACGGUGAUCAAUGAGCUGAGGGACCUGCUGAAGCAGUUCAAACUGCGGAAAGUCAGUUUAACGUUUGCAGGAUUGCAGUCCUCCGUCCUGAAGGUUCUUCUUGCAGCUGAUCUGCAGGGCUUCAUGUUUACAGACAGUGUGGAAGAGGCCCUGCAGAUGGAGACAGUAAUUCUUCUCAGUGAAUAAAGUACAAACUGCGGCACCACCAUCUGUGAGGAGAUGUCUGAAGCUGAUCCGUGGU